AUGCCCAACGCUCAACAAACACAAGUGCUCAUGGCUCCCAUCAAGCUAUACAGAGAGAUUUUGCGCUCCCACCGUUCAUUGCCACCUGCCAUGCGAGCAAUGGGCGAUGAUUAUGUAAAGGCUGAAUUUCAGAGACACAAGAGCAUUGACAAUCCUGCACAUAUCGUUGGCUUCGUAUCCCAAUGGCAGUCAUACCUUGAAAUGAUGCAAACACAAACAGCGCCAUUGCCUCAAGAUUCUACUGCACCUUCACACGAUCCACUAGUAAGAAGUUUCAACAAUCCUACUGAUGGAGGUUGGGGAAAGAAGCUGGAUGCUGAAUUACUGGAGAAAAUGAGCGACGAGCAACUAGGUCAGCUUUAUGAAUUGAGACAAGAAGUUAAAAGAUCAUUAGGCGAUAAAGAAUGA